AUAAUAACGAUUUAUGAACCUUGGUAUCACUUUAAAAAAAUAUUGGAUAAGAUAACACCAAAUAAAAGGCCGUUAUUAUGAUAAAAACAAAACACUUUAAAGUUAUUGUAUAGUCUGUAUUAGUGCAUCAGUGCGUUAACAUUAAUUUUAAAAAGAGUCCCACUAAGAUGUCAGAUUUUGCCUUAAAUUUGGGACCUCCUAGUGAAGAAGCCAAAGCCUUGGCUGCAAAAGAACUGAGGGAAACUCCAGAAAAUAUAGCAACCGGUUUAAGGGAGUUAAGAGAAUAUUUAAAAAAAGACGAGACGCUUUAUUUUAAGGAUGACGACAAGACCCUAAUGAUGUAUCUUAGGCCAUGCAAAUUUUACGCCGAGAGUGCUUAUAAACUGAUGCAACGGAUUGCUGCUUUUAAAGAAGACCACAAAAACAUUUUGGAAAAUUUGUUACCUGAAGACGAAAAAUUUGCUUUUACUGAAAAUGAUAUUGUGAAUGUCCUAAAAAAUAGAGACCAUAAGGGAAGACGAAUUUUAAUUGUUCAUUGUGGAGCAAUAUGGGAUCCUUCAAAAGUAACAACGGACCAGAUAUUCAGAAUGUUUUAUCUUAUACACGAAGCAGCUUUACUAGAAGAAGAAUCACAAAUCAAUGGAGUGGUGGUAAUUAUGGACUAUGACGGUCUUGGAAUGAAGCAGGUCAGGGCUUUAGGCCCAUCAUAUGCAAGACUUCUUUUAGGAUUUAUUCAGAAUGCCAUGCCGCUUAGAUUAAAAGAAGUUCAUAUGGUAAAAGAGCCUAUGGUUUUCAAAAUGGUAUGGCAAAUUUUUAAGCCAUUAAUCGAGCAAAAACUGAAAGGCAGAAUUUUCUUCCAUGGUAGCAAAAUGGCUUCUUUGCACAAAUUUAUCCCCCCAACGCACUUACCUGAAGACUACGGCGGUGUUCUUCCAAAAAUUGAUUAUGGUGGCAAAGAGUGGUAUUCAGUUAUACAAGAACAUCUGGAUCAUAUUAAAAUGAUGAAUUCAUUUGGCAAAAGAAAAUAAUGCUACUUGUUUCAUUAUUUUUUUAUCAAUACGUAUUUAUAUCCUAAUAAAAACCAAAAAAAACUUUAAACUCAUUCUAUUUGUAAAGCGUAAGUUCCAAAAUAUUUCUGUAGGUGUUUAUUAUUUUAAAACAAUAAAAAUAUUCUUACAUUUAUGGUAACAUUUUUAAACUAUUUUAUGUUUGUAUUAUCACAUUUUACUUUUUUUAUUAAGGUGGACGAAUUUGUAAAUAAAAUAAAAAAUAGAACUAA